AGUUUUUCGCUAGCUAUCACUUAUGUGCUUAAUUCCGUGACCAGGACUCCACUUUCUUGAAAGAACCGUAUUGAUGCAAUAUUUAACGGAAAACAGGUGAUACAAACUGACAACAAUGCCAGCCUUGCGACUUUUUGGACGCAAAUGGUUAGCUGCAUCCGAUGACCUCGUCUUUCCAGGGUUAUUUGAAUUUGCCUUUAGGCUUAUUUGGUUAAUCCUAAUGGGAAUAGUAUGUUAUGAAUAUUACACGAACACAUGGGCAUGUUCACGUGGUGGAGAAUAUGUUCGUAGUUAUUUAAUUGGAAUGAUUGUAUUAUUAAGUAUUAUACUAAUAUUAUGCAUUGCACUUGUAAAUCGAAGCGCACAAGGCAGUAUUACAGAUGUGCAUGCCAGACGACAUGUAGCACCAUUACUUAAAUUGAAAAUAUUUCUAAUUAUACCAGAAUUUGUAUUGAAUGUUAUUGGUACAAUAUGGGCAUUUAGUGACUUAAUUGAGUGUAACAAAGCUUCUGGCAAUUUUACUGUAACUGUUAUUGAAUAUCUUGUUGUAUUCGAUUGGAUAUUAUUCUUAUUAAUUAUAUUUGGAUUCAUAAUGGUAUUCGAUCCAGUUGGUUCGAAACGAUACAUUGAUUUACAAGAAACACCUGGCGAAAAUAUACGACAUCAGAAAGUAAUAAGUGUAUGGCAACGUAGAUUUCGUUGGAUAUUUUGUUGGAUACGUAGCGAUGAACAUCGCCGUGAAGCAUUUAGCGCUGUGGCUGGUAUUUUAAGUUCAUUAUUUCGUGGUACAGAUCUUGUGCCUACAGACAUAAUGGCUGGUUCAAUAUUAUUGCGUGUUGAACAAAAAAAGAAAACACGUGAUAUGCGUCGAAUACAGUCGUUAUAUGAUACACCAUCGAAAUAUACAACAGAUAUUCAUAAACUAUUUGCUACCUCACCGAAAUGGAUGAAUUUAGAAUAUGCAUAUCAUUUUUUAAAACUAUCAAUGGCUUCAUAUGGUUGGCCAUUUUUGAUAUAUCAACAUUGUACCACGGGCUGUUGUAGAUUAUUACCAAAGUUAAGAUGUUGCUCAUGUUUCCGUCGAAAAACUGUUGAAGUAACGGACGAUAAUUGUUGUAUGUGUAAUUUGGCUGCGUUUAAAUAUAUGUCCAAAGCAAAAGAUGAUAAUAUACUUUUUGCAUCAUUUCGUAAUCAUAUUUUUGAGUUACCAUUUUGUGUAAUAGCCGAUCACCAAACAUCUAGUAUCGUAAUAGCUAUACGUGGAUCAAUAUCACUACGAGAUAUUUUUACUGAUUUUACUGCAGCGUCUGAUCCAUUUGAAGUAGAAGGUAUGCCACCAGAUACAUCUGCUCAUCGAGGAAUGAUAGCUGGUGCAAAUUACGUGGAAAAACGUUUAGAAGAAUCAGAUGUAUUAGCAAAAGCAUUUGAACGCUAUCCAAAAUAUUCACUCAUAAUAACUGGUCAUAGUUUGGGAGCCGGUGUCGCUGUAUUACUGGGUAUUAAAUUACGUCCACAGUAUGGAAAUUUAAAAGUAUAUGCAUUUUCUGUGCCGGCUGGAUUAAUAAGCAGAGAUGCGGCAAGAUUAACUGAAAGUUUUGUAUUUACUGUUGGCGUUGGUGACGAUCUUGUAAUGCGAUUAGGUGUUGAUAGUAUAGAAAAUCUUCGAACAAAUUUGUUACAAGUACUUAGAGCUAGUAAAUUACCAAAGUAUCGAAUUUUAUUAAAUGGCUGUGGGUAUGCAUUAUUUGGAGUACCAAGUGGUGAUUUAGAAAGUAUAUGGAAAGAUGAAACAGGUUCAUCAGGACAAUCACCUUUAUUAAAUACUCGUCCUGUACAAACUGUGGCUGCGUCUUGUGAGGCUGCAAUGCUAUCCAGAGAUAUUUCUGUAAGAAGGUACUCGAAAACUAGACUAUUUACAGCAGGGCGGAUAUUGCAUAUUGCGCAUAGAAAAAAAUCAAAGACUGAAAGAAAAAAUGGUACUGGUGGUCCUAGUUUCGAAAUGCGUUGGGCAACAGCUGAAGAUUUUAUUGAAUUGCGUGUAAUGCCCAGAAUGUUAUUAGAUCAUUUACCGGAAAAUGUUUGUAAGACAUUAGAAACAGUUCUUGAAGAAACUGGUGAACAUCAUGAAAGAUUUACAACGAUUGUUGUGUGAUAUUUUUAUUAUUAUUAAUUAUUAAAUGUUAAUAAGUAGCUAA